CUGAAGGAGCGAUCAGAAAUGACCAGAAAGCACGAUUUCAAGUUUCAGCCUUCAACACAGCAUACCUCCGUAGUGAAGAGCUUCUGAAUAUAAAUGAAAAUGGUGCACUUAGAAGUGCACCUGCAGAUCGUGCUGGGGGUCGCCCUCGCUGUCGUCUGCUUCUGCCUCCUCCUCGGCUGUUUCCUGUACUGGCGUCGACGGAAGUCCCGCACGUCCGGGGAUAAGGAGGCCCCCCCGUCCCCGCCACAGGACCUCUGCAGCCCCGCGGUGGCUACUGUACCCGUGCGGCAGCAGUACGAGGAGCUGGAUGGCGAUGUGUGCGGGAGUCCGUGCUGGACGAGCGACGACUCGGCGCCCCCUGGCUGCAAGACCACGCCGGUGCACGAGUCGCAGAAGCCUGCCCCACCUGAGUUGGGCCUGCACCUGGGAAAGGCUGGCUUCCCCCUGCGCCGACUCAGCUUCCCUGCGGCCUCUGGCUCCGCCCCCCGGUUGCAGCGCCAUGGCUGUGCCUCUUUGCCCUCCGCCGUGCCCAAGCUGGGCCUGGUUUCCAGGACGCGCCGUGCUGUGGAGCGGCGCUACACGGUGAUGGGCGACAGCCUGGCGUGCAGCGAGCGCAGUCGGUUGACGGCCGCCACUGGCUCCCCCCUGUCCUCAUACCUGACCCUCGAGCCCACUGCCUCCCCUGCACCCACCCCCACCGACCGUAUUACCCGACCAGCCCCCCUCCUGCAAUUCUCCCUCCUCUUCUCGCCAGCACGCGGUACCCUCACCGUCACAGUGCUCAGCCUAUCGGGAGGGGGCCGGCGCCUGGGCGGGGCCAUCCUACGCGCCAGCCUGCCGCCGCUCUGUCCUGCACCAGUGCAGGCCCUGGCACGCCGCCGCAGCCUCGGACCCGAGCUGCGUGGUCAGAGCGUGCUGCUGCCGGUGGGCUCGCAGGAGGAGCUGCGCGACUGCUCGCUGCAGCUGGCCGUCGUCUCCCGUGACUUCUCGGGCCUCCGAGAGUCAGCCGUGGGUCAGCUGGAGCUGGCGUGCGGGGAGGUGGACUGGAAACCCGACCGCUCCAUCACCUGCAGCAGGGAGCUGCGGCCAGCCAAGAGCCGGCUGAAGAAGAGUCAGAGCUCCCAUGAUUCCCUGAGCCGAGGACCCCGGGAUCUGGGCCAGCUGUUCAUCCUGCUGCAGUACCAGAGCCCAGCUCACCGCGUCAAGGUGAUGGUGCGAAAGGCAGAGAGCAUGGCCAGACGGAGCCACAUGCUCGGAGCGCCAGAUCAUUAUGUGGUGAUAAAUCUACACCACAAGGGGAGUGUGAUUGACAGCAAGGAAACCAAAGGAGCCAGUGGAUACAACGCGGUGUGGAACGCCCCUUUCCUGUUUGACCUGCCUCAAGGUGACAUCUCUCAGCUGGCACUCGUCCUGGAGUUCGUCAUCAUGCAGGGCCGGAUCUUCACCAAAAGCAGCGUGCUGGGCCACGUCCUGAUUGGCAGUGAGGCCCCAGAGGAGGGCAAAGCGCACUGGGUGGAGAUGUACAGCCGGGGUCGGGUGGAGACGGCUCGUUGGCAUGCCAUACAGCCGGAGUCACGCCAGUCAGGGGAGGAUCUCUGACCUCUUUUUACCCCCCCUUCCUCCCCACCAUCUCUGGAGAAGGGAAUGAAAGUGCAUUGGGGCUUAAACCUGACUCACAUCCAUUCAUGCACGUCUGCCCAGGGCGGUGGACUCGAAUGAAGCACACUGUCCAUAAGCUCUGUCACACAGAUCCCCUCUGGUUGGGGAGGUCACACAGAAGGCUUUGAAGCAGAUUUAGGGUGCAGUGGUAAGUGUUUGAGAGCACUGCAUAAUAUGUGUAAAAUCAUGUGGACAUGUCAGUGACUAAUAUGUACAGUUUACAAGCACUGGCACGUUAGCCGGACACCAGGAAGGCCUCCCAGCCCUACAAGUGCUUAGCAGUGGUAAUAGCAGUGCAGUGCAGUGGUAAUAGCAGUGCAGUGUCUGUCCAGAAGUGAACUUUCAAAGUGCCCAAGUAACUUUGUUUUUGCCUAGCGGUGACAAAGAAAUAUCAAAGAAAAUCUAUUUGUUGUGUUAGUGCACCUUCUAUAUUGAAAACAACCUUGUGUGUUUUACAUAAAUGGAAAUUUAUUAAAUGUUUUGGUAACACUUUAUUUGAAGCUCUCAUCUAUCAUGCAUUAUAGACACCUUUAUAAUGCAUCAUAAAUCAUCUAUAUUAUGCAUUAUCUUGGAUUAAUAAGGCAUGACAGCAUCUUCUACUGACAGUCAUAAGGCAUUAUAGUGUUGAUUACAAUACUUCAGAAGCUCCAAUCUAUAAUACAUUAUAAUCACCUUCAUUAUCAUUACAAAGCAUCCUAAAUUCUUAUACCCGACCGCUAUACUGCAUUAUGGAUGCUUUGUAAUGCAUUAUGAAGGUAUCUAAGGCCCCGUUUACACUGCAGGUCUUGAUGCCUAAUUCCGAUUUGUUGCCUAUAUCCGAUUUUUUGGACCGUCUGUUUACACGGUCUUUUUAAUUGUGACCCAUAUCCGAUUCGUGUGUUUACACUUGCUAUAAUUUCACGCAUGCUCAACGGGGGUUUUUGCACGACGCCGUAGCCAAGACGGACGAACGCGAAAUUUGUUUUAUGAUAGCUUUGCGAUGUAUGCGAAGUUCGCCGAACAACAUCACGAUUUUGAGGCGAAGGAGGAGGAAAAGGGCCAUCAUUGCAGCCGAAAUAUGCUCGAAAACAGAUUUGUUUCUGUAGGAACCUUUAAUUUUAUCCUGAAUGGAUUCUUCUCCCCACAGGGUGAGAAGGUAGGCUCUUUCAGGCGCCGACCACCGCCCUACACUUCCCUCCUCCAUGUUUCGUAUGUUUUUUUAAUGUUACGCUUCCACACGUACUUCCCACGUACUUUUCACGUACGCUUCACGUACGCAGUUUAAUGACGUACAGAACGCAAUGCCUCAGAAAAUCCAAUCUGCCUGUUUACAUUACAGUCGCAUUGGCCCAUAUCUGAUUUAUAUCUGAUUUAUUUCCACAUAUGAAUGAGGCCUGAAACCGAUCUCGAAAUAUCCGAAUGCAUGCGUUUUUUUCCCAUUUACACUGUCACAGAACAGAUCCGAUCUGUGUCACAUAUGAGCAAAAAAUCGGAAUUAGGUCGCAUUUAACAGACAGUGUAAACGGGGCCUAUGAAGGUACCAGUGUUUCAAACUGAGAUUCUGACAAAAAGGCAAUAGGGCCCCCAAACAGUGAUGGACCACAUUCAUUGUGACUCAUAUGGGAACAAAAUUCUCAUCACGAGUAAUUUUUCCCCCAAAAUAUGACUCAUCAUGAUCUUUCCCGAAAUCCUACACCAGUACUUCCACCCUGACAACCAGUUGCAACUGGAAACUGUCCAUGCUCGCACUGGAUACUCCCCAAGCGGCCUGUGUGUCCCCUCUCCUCAUUUCAGCACGGCAGUGAUGAGCACAGCAAGCAUGUCAGUUGUUGCCAUUGCUACAGUGAACCUUCUAAAUGUGUUCAGCCCUUUUAAACUAUGGAAAAAUACAGUAUCUCUGUGUUGUUUAAUGGUUUACAUGUCAAUUAAAAAGCUGUGUUGUUGACCUAUUGUCUGUUCUUUUUCAGCUCAGACACAUUAUAUUGCUAGUUAGUUUUCAUAUCCCCCCAGCUUCUGAA